GUUAAAAGCAAUAUAUAAAAUAAUACGGGUACUUCAUUUUGAGGAUCUACUAGAUUUAUCGGACAGUUCAAUAUUCAGCGAGAGAAAAACAACCGACCUUCCAAUCAUUUCAAAGCUAUGCAUGGGACGAAAACGUAAAAGAAAGAAGAAUUCUUCGGAUCGUGCUACGGUAUAUUUCGUACCAGACAACGUCCGCUGCAGGAGGAGGCUGUGGAGACUAAUGGGCGGCGAGACGGUAGACCUCACUAGCGCCCGCUACAUGGACGCACUGGCGGAGAAAGUACUACAGGAAUAUGAGGAGAAGCUAAUCGAGCGGGAGCGGGAGCUAGCUCAGAACGAGAUCCGACGGGAGCGGGAUCUCAUGAUCCGAGGCUUGAUCCCUGACCCCGACGAACACAAGAAGCACCAGCCCAGGCGGGGAACCUGGGGCUCCCUUCGGAGGCACAGAGUGAGGACUAAGAAGGAGCCGUCAAGUGGAAGGCCCCCACAUCCAAACGAAAAUAUGCCAGAGGGCCUUUCAAGCUACCAACAAAAGAUCUUCUGCUCUUCAAACUUCCGCGACUUCACGGAUGACAUGGGUCCUGUCUCGCCCAGUGCGGGGACGAGUUCUGAAUCACCAAAAUCUAGACGGGCUUCACGCCUUGGGACGAAAUCAAGAUCUUCAAGAAAUUAAUAUAUACAACAAAUCUUAUCAUUUCAGAAUGAAAUUGUAAAAUGCAUAAUUCAAUCGUUUGCAUUCAUUUAUAUGAUUUUUUUAGAGCUAUUUGUAACAAUAAAAAUGAUAAUAAGGGUUCUUGUUUAGCGCUCAUAUCCGUCAGACUUGACACUCCUGGCGCUCUACAUAAAACAUUUUCAUUUUGAUUGAACUAUUAUGUCAAGUUCUUGUUGAUAUUUUAAUAUUUAUAUAGAGUUUAUUGAUGUUACAAAAAAGCCCUCAUGAAAUUGCAACAAUUAUUCUCCAAUGAAGGUUUACAGUGUGAGGUAAUAGUGUAAAGUGUAUAUAUAAUUGUAAGAUUGUCAUAGAUGGAGACCUUGGCAAAUUUGUCAAUACGAUAUCUAAAAAAUAAACAAUGAUAAAUGCA